AUGGACACAUGGGCCAUGCUUUUCAUGUUCGCUUUGACACUUGGAGGAUUAAUUACAACUCUACUGAUGUUUUACGGACUGAAGACUGAGCAGGCAAAACUGCUCUCUCCAAAAUUGGCAUUCAUCCAGCUCGAGAUCACCAUUCUGAUGAUGCUUGCAGCCGUCGCGAUAGUGGCAAUGUCCUUCGGUAUUUCACUCACUCACCAGUUGUUCAGCGUUUUCGUGAAAGUACCGGAAAUGGAACGCGAUUUCGGACCAAUCUGGCCCUUCAACAUCAGCGUUAUCUCAUUUUUCGCUGCUGCUCUCUGUGUUUGGAAUCGAGUACUUAUCAGCGGUGCGGCGGAAUUCAUACUUGAUAAGCAAUUCUUCACAAAUGCACCUUCAAUCGAGAUGGAGAAAACCCUACCACGACCCGAAUGA